GCUGGGCGGUUUGCGGAUUAGCAGUGUUCACCAUGGUGCCGCUUGAAUCUGAGACUUUGCUGUUUCGAAUAAGAGGGGGAGUUACUUUGGCUGGAGGACUUCAGAAAACAGAUGAAGGGACAAUUAAAUCAGCCUUUGCAACAGCCAUAAAAGAUCUGAUUAAAAAGGUGGAUUCACAGUCUUUCAUCUUAAGUAAUCAUGAUAGCACAUUCAUUGUAUGGCCAAAGAGCCAUACCUCGUCACAUCCUACAGAAAUGCAAGAUGACACCGAGUGCAAAGAGAUCUUAAAAUUUGUUACGGCUGCGUUCAAUGAGCAUCUUGAAACUGUUUUCAAAAACAGAGCUGAAAAGGUUGUACCUCUGAAAGUCAUAAAUCUACACGUUAUGUUUGAGUUGGGAAGACAUAGUGAAAUACAAAGCUUAAUUAUGCUGCAUGAUAAGAAAUCACUGAUGCACUACAAUAUGAUUCUUCCUAUUGAUGUGGUGCUGUUUGCUCAUCCAGAAGAACCGUGGGGAACACUACAGGAUCAGUUUGUGGAAUUAAUUACGUCACAGUUAUCUGAGAUGGAGAACUGCAUUCAAAAACAUACAAAAGGAAAGACUGUUCCAAUACCACAACCCUUCCACUUUGAACUGCCCGAGAAAGCUACUCUUACUACAGUAGUAUAUCCUGCUGGAGUCUCUGAGGAAAAUCUAGAACCACAACGACAAGAGAUGCACACCAAACUUGGUCUGGAUGAUAAACCAUACUUUCGUCGUACAAUGGCCUUUAAUUUUCCCAGUGAUGAUGAGGCAAACAUGUACCGAAGGAAUAUACACAAGUACAUUCCUUUUCCUGAUCCUGAAAACUUCAAGAUUUAUAUAGUGCAUGGGUAUUAUGACUACCAUCACAUCUUAGAAGAUGGUGUAAACGACACUGGAUGGGGUGCUCCUUUCCAUUGUAUAAAAUGCGUCAUCUCUUGGUUCAAAAUCCAAGGAUACUAUUCCAAGCCAGUGCCUUCAGUUUCAGAGAUCCAAGAGCUAUUAGUAAAUCCUGAAAAUGAUUUCAUUGUGGAUUCAGCAGAAUGGAUUGGAUCUUUUGAGAUUUUGGGAAUAUUGACAUGCCUUGAAAUUUCAGUUGGCAUUAUGCUUUUCCAGCAAAAUGAGGGUAAAAGUCUGGAUCAACAAAAGCUUAUAACUCAUUUCAUUGAAGAGGGAACUCCAGUUAUAAUUUCAUGUAACCCUCAAGCAUUCGUUUUGUUGGGGUUGUCAAUAAGAAAAGUUCCGGAACAGACUAAGUUCCUAGUAUUGGAUCCUGAUAUCAUAGGAAUAUACAACAUGCCCAAUAAAAUUGAGAAGGUACAGGCUAUUGGGUGGAGAUCAAUGGAAUUCUGGAAUGAGUUUGAAUAUUUUAACAUCUUCCUGCCUGUGAGACCCAAAGCAAUAGAAGUAAUCGCUUUCAAAAUAUAUUCGUCGUGUGUCUGUUACCCUGAAAAACGGCCCACCCCUCCGCUGUUAGUUGCGUUGAUUCGAAAAGUCGUGAUGCCCCUCACAAAGAUGGCGAUGCUGGUGAAUCGUUUCCGCGAAAAGGAAAUUAUAAAAGGUGUUUCAGGUGCCAUCUCAGAUGCCAUUAAUAAGGUGAAUUCACAAAGUAUCAUCUUAUUUGGUGUGGAUAGUUCCCUGUUUAUAUGGCCUGCAUCCCAUAAGUCUACGCAGCCUUCAGAACUGAACGAGAAUAGUAGCUGCAAAUCCAUCUUAAAAUUUGUGCCAGUUGAGGUCAAUGACUAUCUUAAAAAGAUUCCCAAAAAGAAAUCUCUGAAAAUUGAACCUCUGAGAGUCAUUAACCUGGAGCUUUUGUUUGAGAUGUCAAGGCCUGGUACAGUUGAAAGUGUGUUCAUCCAGCAGGAUACCAAGCCACAGUUACAUUUUAAGAUGACUCUUCCUAUUGAUGUUAUAAUAUUUGCUAAUCCAGAUGACCAGUGGGCAAAACUACUGGAUCAAAUUGUACAAUCAGUUUCUUCACAGCUAACUGAAAUGGAGAAGUGUAUUCAGAGAUUUACAAAAGGACAAACUGUUCCAAUACCACAAGCAUUUCACUUUGAAUUGCCAGAACAACCUACUCUUACUACUCUAAUAUAUCCUGCUGGAAUCACUGAUGAAGAACUGGAACCACAACGCAAAGAGCUGCAUGAGUUACUUGGUCUUGAUAAUAAGCCCUACUUUCGGCGUACUAUGGCUUAUGAUUUUCCAAAUCAAGAGCUGAUGAAUAAGUAUCUGAGAAAUAUACACAAGUACAUUUUUCUUCCUGAUGCUGAAGAAUUCCAGGUUCAUCUGGUGCAUGGUUCAUACAACUACCAUCAUUAUGUACAGGAUAAUAUAAAUGACAGUGGAUGGGGUUGUGCGUAUCGUGCUUUGCAAACCAUCAUUUCCUGGUACAAAUUUCAGGGAUAUCUCAACAUCGAUAUUCCAUCUCAUGAGGAAAUCCAAAAGAGAUUGGUAGAGGCUGGAGAGAAACCUCCUGAUUUUGUGGGAUCAUCAGAAUGGAUUGGAUCUUUUGAGAUACAAGCAGUUUUAAAUACAAUGAAUAUUACAUCGAAGAUCUUGAGCAUCCAACAAGGUUCUGAGUUUGCUUUGAACGCCAGGGAACUUUCUGAGCAUUUCGAUGUGCAAGGAUCUCCAGUUAUGGCUGGUAGUGAGACCUUAGCACACAUUAUUCUGGGAAUUGCAUGGAAUGAAAAGACUGGUGUAGCAAAGUUCCUUGUCUUGGACACACACUACACUGGAGAGGAUGAUUGGCCCAAUGCUGUUGAAAAGGGAGUUGAUUGGAAAUCUGAAGACUUCUGGGUGGCAAGCGAAACUUACAACCUCUGCCUGCCACAGAGACCAGUGGGUGUUUAGAGCCAGAGCCGCCUCAGUGUUUAUUGUUGUGGAACUUUGGCUGGAAAAGAACAUAAAUUUCAAAUUGCAGAACUUAACCACCAGCCUGUGUGUACUUGAGACCAACUGAGAACACAAGGGUUGCAUACACGUGUUUUACAAAUACUGCAAUAAAAAAAGCAGCUAAAUAUGUUUUCAGUGUUAUUGCUUGUACAACAUAUGCAAUAUGUUAGAAAUUUAAGACACUUAAGAUCACAUACUUAUCAAAAGGUUCACUUUCAUUAUACUUUUAAUGAUUAUAUAAGGGUUCUUGCUGUUCUCUCUGAUUAUUGUAACUGUGGAAGCAGAGGAAAUACUAAAUUUUAUGAAAUGUCAUCAAAAUAAGCAGGGCAUAACUUGGUUCAGUAGACCAAAUUUAAUUACCAUGCAUCACACUUAAGUGUUAAUAAAAAUAUAGAUAAUAAAAAAUGUUACUUAGUUUAUUGGUAAGGCUGAAGUUGAUGUGACUGAACAAUUUUUGAUUCCUAAAACAGUUUUAGUGUGAGUGGAAGGGAUACAAUAAAGUAGCACAGUUAUACUUUUUA